UUUCAGUCUCACUGUACACAGUCGCAGCACUUCCACACCCUUCACAAUCCCAAUCAUGGCGACAGCUACUCAGUUUCACUCCCAAACUUCAUUUCUCCGCGGAACCCUAAACCAAUACCAAUCGAAUCAAACCUCGCUCUCCAGAAUCCCGAUUCUGUCUCUCAAGUCCACCGUGAAGCCACUUAAACGCCUCUCCGUGAAAGCCGCCGUAUCCCAGAACUCGGUGAAAACGCUGACGAAUGAAUCCGGCAAUCAGGCUGCGUUCAAGCACUGUUUCAAGAAAUCGUCUGGUGGGUUCCUCUAUUGCGAGGGAACUAAGGUCGAGGAUAUCAUGGAGAGCGUCGAGAGAAGACCCUUUUACUUGUACAGCAAACCGCAGAUCACAAGGAACGUCGAGGCUUACAAAGAGGCCCUUGAAGGCGUGAGAUCCGUCAUUGGCUACGCUAUUAAAGCUAAUAAUAACCUCAAGAUUUUGGAGCAUUUGAGGAGUUUGGGCUGUGGUGCUGUUCUCGUCAGUGGAAAUGAGCUCAGGCUUGCGCUUCGUGCUGGUUUCGAUCCCACAAAGUGCAUUUUCAAUGGAAAUGGGAAGCUGUUGGAAGAUUUAGUUCUAGCUGCUCAAGAAGGUGUUUUCGUAAAUGUUGAUAGUGAGUUUGACUUGGAUAAUAUCGUCCAAGCUUCAAGAAUUUCUGGUAAGAAGGUCAAUGUUCUGCUACGUAUCAAUCCUGAUGUCGAUCCUCAGGUGCAUCCUUAUGUAGCUACCGGGAACAAAAACUCAAAGUUUGGUAUCAGGAAUGAGAAGCUUCAGUGGUUUCUGGACGAGGUGAAGGCACAUCCCAAUGAACUGAAGCUUGUUGGAGCUCAUUGCCAUCUAGGCUCUACCAUUACAAAGGUGGAUAUAUUCAGAGAUGCUGCGGUUCUAAUGGUGGAAUACAUUGAUGAAAUCCGGCGUCAAGGCUUUGACGUUAGUUACUUGAACAUUGGUGGUGGUUUAGGAAUAGAUUAUUACCAUACCGGCGCUGUCCUUCCAACACCCAUGGAUCUCAUCAACACCGUAAGAGAGCUUGUUCUUUCUCGAGACCUGAAUCUAAUAAUCGAGCCAGGGAGAUCGUUGAUUGCAAACACAUGCUGUUUCGUAAACCAUGUAACCGGUGUGAAGACAAAUGGAACUAAAAACUUCAUAGUGAUUGAUGGAAGUAUGGCUGAGCUAAUCCGUCCCAGUCUCUAUGAUGCUUAUCAGCACAUUGAGUUGAUCUCUCCUCCAGCACCUGAAGCAGAGGUUUCCAAAUUCGACGUAGUGGGUCCUGUUUGUGAAUCUGCUGAUUUCUUGGGCAAAGACAGAGAGCUUCCCACUCCUCCAAUGGGAGCUGGUCUGGUGGUUCAUGAUGCUGGUGCAUACUGUAUGAGCAUGGCUUCCACUUACAAUCUCAAGAUGCGUCCUCCGGAAUACUGGGUUGAAGAAGAUGGCUCGAUCACCAAGAUCAGGCAUGCUGAGACAUUCGAAGACCAUUUGCGUUUCUUCGAAGGUCUAUGAAAUCCGAGUGUUCCCAUUCAUCAUUGUUGCUAUUUUAGUUGAAUUAUUCAGAAUCAGUACUAUAAUGCUAUGUUCACAAUA